UCACGUGAUCGGGGGGGGGGCUGCGGGUGUCCAAGUGUGCUUCACCUCACGAUGUCCACACACGCGUGUGUGUGUUUACUUGUCUAGUGUGUCUACAUGCAAAUGUAGCGGCGGACUGAGAAGCGGCGCAAAGCUUAUAAAAAUUUAAGUGUUUAUCGAGGUGCGGCUGCGGCGGCUCCCGGCAGCGAGGCGUGUGCGCAUGCGCGCAGUUCCUCCCCGCUUUAUUAAUUUUUAAUGAAAAUGGCUGCCUUUCCAAUGUAAACCUCUCCGCGGCAGGGGAAAAAAAGACGCCUAGAAAAGGACACCCAUCCACCGUGUUUUGUCGAUAGUGCGAUAUUCGAACCACGACUGGCCGUAGAUCGCGGGUCUCCCGCCACACAAAAUGACUCUGUUUUAAGGUUUCAAGGAUGGAAAAUACAUCAUUUUUAUAUUUAACCCUUUGCAUCCCAUGAUCUCCAACUGUCGAGAAAAUGAUGCGCCAGGUUGCAAGCAACACUAAUGACUACUGCAUGAGCGGCAGAGCCUCGUGCCUGGCUGAAGACGGUCGACACGCUGCCUCCCACUUUGACCUGUGCACCUCGCAACCAAACAAGUUCUACCCCCCUGUCCCGCCACCCUCCCUGCAGCUGCCUCUGCCGCCCCUGCCCCCUCUGCCCCAGAGCGCCAUGAAGUCCAUGCCGUGUCAAAGGCCAGACGUCCGCAACGAACCGCACCCCCAGUCCGUGGGCCUGAAGAACAGCGACGAGUCGGAGGACCCCAAGAAGAAGAAAGGCAUGGGUAGGUCCGGGCGCAGAGGAAGGCCUUCCGGAACCACAAAGUCCGCGGGCUACAGAACCAGCACCGGGCGUCCGCUGGGCACCACGAAGGCGGCGGGCUUCAAAACGAGUCCGGGGAGGCCUCUGGGCACCACCAAGGCAGCGGGCUACAAGGUGAGCCCAGGGAGACCCCCGGGCAGCAUCAAGGCCCUGUCCCGCCUCAACAAACUGGGCUACGGCAACUGCAGUGGCGCGGCGUUCCCCUACACCAUGAUGCACAAGCGAGGCCUGUGCGAACCCUCUGGCAAAGAGAAGGAGCCCAACGAGUAAAAGUCCUGCUUUUCUAUUUAUUGUGUUGCCCGUAAGGAAUAAAUACAGGACUGCAUGGGGUAAGGGGUGUCUUUGAAUAUUUCCAAUCUCAGAGGCGGAUUCUCAGAUUUUGAUCGGCAGAUAUGUCGCCGUGUAUCGGCCUCGGACGGUUUUUCUUCUCCUGUGAGUAUAUUAAACAUACGUUGUGUUCGGAUCUAAAGUGAUUAUUGUUUCACGUCACAACCUGUUACCGUUUGUUUGCCACAGAACUUCUCAUAUUUGCAUUAACACCGAAAAGACUGUUACUCUUAAAGCUUCCUGUCGUUUUGUCUCCGAAAUAAAUGUGAAUUGCAUGCUCACAAUUAUCUGAAUAUGAAAGUUACGCUUAACAAACUAUUUCUUCAAGUUCUUAUGCGUUGUAAGGUUGUAGCGAGGAAUUUGAGGAGGAAUAAAUAGUUUGAUAUCUCUGAAGUACUUAAAAUAUUGAAAUACAAAAAAGAGGAUUCAUCUUUAAUGAAAUUAUUAAAGAAUAUAAUUAAUAAUAGCUCUAGAAAUAGUUUAAGGACCGAAGUUAUGUUUCCCAAUGCAUUUUGUUGUUUCAUACUUUUUCAUUGUUUGUCAUGAGCAAGGUAUUUGUUACAACACCCUUGUCAAGCACUUCUAGGACCUUUUGGAGGGAAGUACAUUAUGAAACAUUGUUUUUUUUUCUAUGUUAUAUUCAAUUAGUUGUUAAUAUUAAAUGCUUUAAACUGUGAUUCUAGGAUUAGCAAGUGCUGAAUAGCAAAAUCUCGAGCUGCUGUGUUGGAGCAUUCAGUGCCGCCUGUCAGUCUGAAUCUGAUCUUUUCUUUCCAUGCCAGCGUUGAUCCGUGAUCAGUGGUGCUGGUGUCCGCUGUUACCAGGUAGUGUAGCGGUUAAAGACGUGAGCUUGCAUCCUGAUGGUUGCUGGUUCAGGCUGUGGUGUCUAAAUGGAUUGAAUAUUGCACCUUGCUUCGGUUCAGGGGGUCAGCAAUGAAGUGUUAGCUGUUGUUGCGAGCACUGAUUGGGGAAUGAAGUGGUUAGCGUUACUGCCUUUGGCUCUGAAGGUUAUGGGUUUGAGCCCCAUCUCUGGCUGUAGUACCCUUGAGCAAGGUACUUACCCUAAAUUGCUCCAGUAAAAUUACCCAGCUGUAUAAAUGGGUAAAGAAUUAUAACCUUAGUUGCUUUGGAGGAAAAGCAUCAUGUGGAUCUCCUUUUGACUACAGCCUCGACAAAGGAGGAAAACGGAACUCAUUGCCCUGUUUCAGACACUUCACCUUUCACUAAAGUGAAAUACCGAGGACCACAGUCAGAGUGGAGAAUCACUGUAAUGUAGGGGACAGAUGUUUCAGCCAUAUAAAAGAUUUAAAAUAUUCACACUCUGUGCUUCACAUGCUUCUGUCCUCAGGCCUCAAGCUGAUUUUCCGGGUAGGUCUCUCCAUCCUCUGUCUCGUGUGAUGAGCUUUGAAGGGAAUUUUUAUUUUCACCCGGUGUCGUGAUUUUAGUGCUUAUAACUGUGUGCACGCUCCAGUGGAUGGACAUUCUUUUUGCUUUGCUUGAUUUUAUUAAUCUUUUCAUUAUAUGCCUUCUCGUGUCACACCAUGAGAGAAACCCUGUUGACUUUCUAAUGAGUGGAGAUGCAGUUGGGGAAUAGCAGUGCAUUUAUAACACAUUUAAAAAGUAGUACAAUCAGAACAAGGACAUCAGUAAAUUUCAGUGCUAAUAGUUUGCUCAUUCUUUUCCAUCCUGUGGCAUCACCUUUGAGUGCAAUAUUAUUGUGUGGUGUUCUGUCAUUUGUUUGGUUUGUGCAUCAUGAUUAAUGUAGUCAGCAUUUUCUUUAUUAUUGAGAGGUUUGUCCUUUGGUGGGGACAUUCUUCCUUAAGGACUUUAACGUGUUGCUUCUUUUUCAUUAAUGUAAAGGCUAAACAAUAUUCAGAAAUAUAGCUAUAGAAGCUUCUGACUAUCUGUUCUUUCUUGGUCUGCCCUCAACCAAAGAAUCUAGUCCAAUCUGCCUCGGUUUUCACUGUUAUCAAAUGUAUAUUGUCUUUCUUAGCAGAGCAUUAUGCAUGAUAAAAUAUGCUUGUUGAGUAAAAUCAAAGCAGUAGAACAAAAUCCAUUUAAACUUCUGAUGCACAG